AUGUCUUUUGAGGGCGGCGACGGCGCCGGGCCGGCCAUGCUGGCUACGGGCACGGCGGGACUUCCGGCCCCGGUGCCCAGCGGGGCGGGAUUUCCUGUUUUCAUCCUGGAGAAGUGGGUCUUCCCCGGACCCCCGGACGAGCUCCAUGACCUGGUCAAGAUACUGAAUCUCCCUGGGCCUCAGUUUGCAACUGUCAAGUGGGCUGAUAGCAGCUCCUCCCUCACAGGCUUGCCCCCGCCAGCCCCGCAGUCGCCCGGCCCCGCGCGGAGCCCACCCCGGCCUGCCCUGGCCAGGGAGGAGGAUGAGGAGGACGAGGACGAGCCGACAGAGACCGAGACCUCUGGGGAGCGGCUGGGCGUCAGUGAUAACGGAGGGCUCUUUGUGAUGGACGAGGAUGCCACGCUCCAGGACCUGCCUCCCUUCUGCGAGUCGGACCCUGAGAGCACAGACGAUGGCAGCCUGAGCGAGGAGACCCCCGCCGGCCCCCCAGCCUACUCAGUGCCCCCGGCCUCAGCCCUGCCCACACAGCAGUACGCCAAGUCCCUGCCCGUGUCCGUGCCCGUCUGGGCCUUCAAGGAGAAGAGGAUGGAAGCGCGGUCAUCAGACGAGGAGAAUGGGCCGCCCUCCUCGCCCGACCUGGACCGCAUCGCGGCGAGCAUGCGCGCGCUGGUGCUGCGGGAGGCCGAGGACACGCAGGUGUUCGGGGACCUGCCGCGGCCGCGGCUCAACACCAGCGACUUCCAGAAGCUCAAGCGGAAAUACUGAGGCCCGAGAGGGAGCCGCCCGGCCCGGCGUCCGCCCCGCCCCACACUACACCCCCGCCCCGCCCCCGGCGCCCGCCAAUCCG